AUGAAGCAUAAAAAGCCAAAUAAAAAGGACGACAGAUGCAAGAUAAAGUAAGAUGAUAAAUGCAAAAAAGACAACUAGUAAAGAGUAUCAGGAUUAUCAUUCCAAGAGCUAGGAUAAGUUGAGCAGUUCAUUCAGUUCAACUAGUAUUCUGUAACCGAACAACAUUACGAAUCCAAGGAUCAAAUCCUAAAAUAAAUCAGUCAAGGGGUAUCAGUACUAUUACAAUAAAUCAAAUAUAACAAGAUAACUUAAUGA